AUGUUAGGUCUGGGCGUGCGUCGGCUUAAAACACGCCCCUCCUUGCUGGAUCUGAUAGGAGCCAGUGGAAAGGACCAACAACCAUCAAGGUGGUCAUCACCGCCCGCGGACAUCGACCAACUGCCACCGCUCCCCAACUCGCCCACUUCCCCGUCUUCCAGCUCCAGCUCCAGCUCCAGCUCCAGUUCCCCCACUGCCACCACCUUCAACCCUUCCCCCCCCUCGUCGUCUAUCCACCCUCCGAUUAUUCGCAUCAUGGCCCCAUCCGGCAAGGGCCCCGACGCUGACGCCCAACAUGGCUCCGUCUUCUCCGUCUCCGGUCCCGUCGUCGUGGCCGAGAACAUGAUCGGCUGUGCCAUGUACGAAUUGUGUCGAGUUGGUCACGAUAAACUCGUCGGUGAAGUCAUCCGUAUCGAUGGUGAUAAGGCCACCAUUCAGGUCUACGAGGAAACAGAUGGAGUGAGUGUCGGCGACCCGGUCGCGAGGACUCACAAACCCCUAUCGGUUGAACUGGGUCCUGGUUUGAUGGAAACAAUCUACGACGGUAUCCAACGCCCCUUGAAAGCCAUUUACGACCAGUCUGAAAGCAUCUACAUUCCCCGUGGUAUUGUUGUGAACGCGCUGGAUCGCGAGAAGAAAUGGGACUUUAAGCCCGCUCAAUACAAAGUGGGCGAUCACAUCACCGGAGGUGACAUCUGGGGUACCGUGUUCGAGAACAGCUUAUUGAACGACCAUAAGAUUCUUCUGCCACCUCGCGCUCGGGGUACUAUUACCCGGAUCGCGGAGGCUGGUAGCUACACGGUCGACGAGAAGCUAUUGGAGAUCGAAUUCAACGGCACUAAGUCGGAGUUUGGUAUGAUGCAGACCUGGCCUGUCCGUGUGCCUCGGCCAGUCAACGAGAAGGUUCCUUCCGAUGCACCCUUCAUCGUCGGCCAGAGAGUGCUAGAUUCCCUGUUCCCUAGUGUGCAAGGAGGUACUGUCUGUAUCCCUGGUGCUUUCGGAUGCGGUAAGACAGUUAUUUCCCAGUCUGUGUCCAAGUUCUCCAAUAGUGAUAUCAUCGUCUACGUCGGUUGUGGUGAGCGUGGUAAUGAGAUGGCUGAGGUGUUGAUGGACUUCCCUGAGCUUUCGAUCGAGAUUGAGGGCCGCAAAGAGCCUAUCAUGAAGCGUACGUGCCUCAUUGCCAAUACAUCCAACAUGCCUGUCGCCGCACGUGAAGCCUCUAUCUACACCGGUAUCACAAUCGCCGAGUACUUCCGUGACCAGGGCAAGAACGUGGCUAUGAUGGCGGAUUCCAGUUCUCGUUGGGCCGAGGCGCUCCGUGAAAUUUCCGGUCGUCUGGGAGAGAUGCCUGCAGACCAGGGUUUCCCCGCCUAUUUGGGUGCUAAGCUUGCCUCCUUCUACGAACGUGCCGGCAAAAGUAUUGCCCUGGGAAGCCCCGAGAGAAAUGGUAGUGUCAGCAUUGUCGGUGCCGUCAGUCCUCCGGGUGGUGAUUUCUCGGAUCCCGUCACUACUAGCACCCUGGGUAUCGUCCAGGUGUUCUGGGGACUAGACAAGAAGCUGGCUCAGCGAAAGCAUUUCCCCUCCAUCAACACAUCCAUGUCCUACAGCAAGUACACGACCAUCCUCGACAGAUUCUACGAGAAGGAGCACCCCGAAUUCCCCCGGCUGCGAGACCAGAUCCGUGAACUGCUGACCAAAUCCGAAGAAUUGGACCAGGUCGUGCAGCUGGUUGGUAAGGCCGCUCUGGGUGAUUCGGACAAGAUUGCUCUGGAUGUGGCUGCCAUGCUCAAGGAUGAUUUCCUGCAGCAGAACGGUUACAGUGACUACGACCAGUUCUGCCCUCUGUGGAAGACGGAAUACAUGAUGAAGGCCUUCAUGGGCUACCAUGACGAAGCGCAGAAGGCCAUCGCUCAGGGCCAAAAUUGGUCCAAGGUCCGCGACGCCACUUCGGACAUCCAGACUGCCCUGCGGAGCAUGAAGUUCGAAGUUCCGGACAACAAACAGGAGGUCUCAGAGAAGGUUGGUCUUCUUCUCCGCUCAUCUACGAUAAACGUCAACGAUCCCAGCUUGAUCUCGCUGGUCAAUAAGCUUCAGGAUGUCUUUACGACAGUUGGAGUUCACAACCCCAUCGAUUUACCCCAGAUUGCCGUCGUCGGUUCCCAGUCUAGCGGUAAGAGUUCGGUUCUAGAGAAUAUCGUCGGACGGGAUUUCCUCCCCCGUGGGUCCGGCAUCGUGACUCGGAGACCCCUCAUUCUUCAACUGAUCAACAGACCCCCAACUCAAUCGAACGGCGUCAAGGAGGAGAAAUUGGAAACAACGGACAGCGCCGCCAAUCUGGAUGAGUACGGAGAGUUCCUGCAUAUUCCCGGUCAGAAGUUCCACGAUUUCAACAAGAUUCGCGAGGAGAUCGUACGGGAAACGGAGUCGAAGGUCGGUCGCAAUGCCGGUAUCUCACCUGCCCCGAUUAACCUUCGCAUUUACUCGCCCAACGUCUUGACCCUCACGCUGGUCGAUCUGCCCGGUUUGACUAAGGUGCCGGUCGGUGACCAGCCUAAGGACAUCGAGAAGCAAAUCCGGGACAUGGUCUUGAAGUACAUCAGCAAGCCUAAUGCGAUCAUUCUUGCGGUCACGGCGGCCAACCAAGAUCUUGCCAACUCCGACGGUUUGAAGCUGGCGCGGGAGGUGGAUCCGGAGGGCCAGCGUACAAUCGGUGUGUUGACUAAGGUUGAUCUGAUGGACGAGGGAACCGACGUCGUGGAUAUUCUUGCGGGCAGGAUUAUCCCGUUGCGCCUGGGAUAUGUGCCGGUUGUUAACCGUGGGCAGCGUGAUAUUGAGAACAAGCGGCCUAUUUCGUACGCUCUGGAACAUGAGAAGAACUUUUUCGAAGGCCACAAGGCCUAUCGGAAUAAGUCUUCGUACUGUGGAACGCCGUACUUGGCGAGGAAGUUGAACUUGAUCCUCAUGAUGCACAUUAAGCAGACCCUGCCCGAUAUUAAGGCCCGGAUCUCGUCCUCCCUCCAGAAGUACACCGCCGAACUUUCGCAGCUGGGAGAUUCCAUGCUCGGAAACAGCGCUAAUAUUAUCCUGAACAUCAUUACUGAAUUCAGCAAUGAGUAUCGUACGGUGUUGGAGGGUAACAACCAGGAACUGUCGAGCAUUGAGCUGUCGGGUGGUGCUCGUAUCAGCUUUGUCUUCCAUGAGCUCUACUCCAACGGUAUCAAGGCGGUGGAUCCUUUCGAUCAAGUCAAGGAUAUUGACAUUCGGACAAUUCUUUACAACUCCUCGGGCUCAUCGCCUGCGCUUUUCGUUGGCACCACGGCCUUUGAGCUGAUCGUUAAGCAGCAAAUCAAGAGGCUCGAGGAUCCCAGCACCAAGUGUAUCUCAUUGGUGUAUGAUGAACUAGUCCGCAUCCUGGGACAGCUUCUGAACAAGCAGCUCUUCCGGAGAUAUCCUAUGCUGAAGGAGAAGUUCCACGCGGUAGUUAUCAGCUUCUUUAAAAAGUGCAUGGAGCCUACUAACAAGAUUGUUCGCGACCUGAUCAACAUGGAAGCGUGCUACAUCAACACCGGUCACCCUGAUUUCCUAAACGGACACCGCGCCAUGACUAUUGUGAACGAACGCCAAGCCAGCAGCAAGCCUACCCAGGUUGACCCGAAGACGGGCAAGCCUCUUCCUCCCCGGGCGAACAGCCCGUCAGUCGACCUUACCAACUCCGCGGAUGGUAGUAGCGGCUCUGGGUUCUUCGGUAGCUUCUGGGCUUCGAAGAACAAGAAGAAGAUGGCGGCCAUGGAGGCCCCGCCCCCAACUCUCAAGGCGUCGGCCUCGUUGUCCGAGCGUGAGAGCACCGAAGUUGAGGUUAUCAAACUUCUUAUCACGUCGUACUUCAACAUUGUGAAGCGGACCAUGAUCGAUAUGGUCCCGAAGGCUAUCAUGUACAUGCUUGUCCAAUUCACCAAGGAUGAGAUGCAGCGCGAGCUUCUUGAGAACAUGUACCGCAAUGGUGAGCUAGACGAGCUUCUGAAGGAAAGCGACUACACCGUGCGGAGGCGCAAGGAGUGCCAACAGAUGGUGGAGAGUCUGUCACGCGCCAGCGAAAUCGUCAGCCAAGUACAGUAA